AUGGCCAGCCUCAACUGCGGGGUCACGGUCGCACUGCUGGGGGUCUUGCUGCUGGGCGCCGCGCGCCUGCCCCGCGGAGUAGGCAGCCCUAAUUCAUCCUCUUCACUCUAUUGUUUUUCUUCCUUCUUUCCUUCUGAAGCUUAUGAGAUUGAUCUGCCACGUGGAAGCGGCAUCACAGUCCUCCUGAAGCCUGGGACCCAGACUCUGCCAGUGAAACUUUGUUACAUCAUUUCUAAAAGAUGGGAGACCACCCUGUCCAUCAAAGCUGGAGAGAAAAAGGUCUUUUCCUUUAGCUGCCAGGAUCCACAUAAUUACUUCGUUAUUGAGAUCCAGAAGAAUAUCGACUGCGUGUCGGGCCAGUGUCCCUUUGGGGAGGUUCAUCUUCAGCCUUCCACGUCGGUGUUGCCCACCCUCAACAGAACCUUCAUCUGGGACAUCAAGGCAAGCAAGAACGUCAGUCUCGAGCUGCAGUUCUCCCUGUCACGCCUGAGGCAGAUCGGGCCGGCGGAGAGCUGCCUGGAUGGAGUCACUCACCGCAUCAGCGGCCGCGUCGACGCCAGCACGAUGGUCAAGAUCGGGACAUUCUGCGGCAACGGCACUGUGUCCCGGAUCAAGAUGCAAGAGGGAGUGAACCUGGCCUUGGACCUGCCGUGGUUCCACAACAGAAACGUCUCUGGCUUCAGCAUCGCAAACCGCUUGUCGAUAAAACGCCUGUGCAUCAUCGAGUCUGUAUUCGAGGGUGAGGGCUCGGCCACUCUGAUGUCCGCCAACUACCCGGACGGCUUCCCCGAGGACGAGCUCAUGACGUGGCAGUUCACCAUCCCCGCGCCCCUGCGGGCCAGCGUCUCCUUCCUCCAGUUCAACGUCUCCAACUGCGUGAAGAAGGAGGAGCGGGUGGAGUACUACAUCCCGGGCUCCACCACCAACCCCGAGGUGUUCAAGCUGGAGGACCAGCAGCCCGGGAACAUGGCCGGGAACUUCAACCUCUCUCUGCAGGGCUGUGACCAAGAUGCCCAGAAUCCAGGCAUCCUCCGGCUGCAGUUUCAAGUUUCCGUCCAACAUCCACAGAAUGGUAGCAAUAAAACCUACGUGGUUGACUUGAGUAAGGAGCGAACCAUGUCUCUGUCCAUCGAGCCACGGCCCAGCAAACUGAAACGCGAGUUUGUCCCCGGCUGCUUCGUGUGUCUGAACUCUCGGACCUGCAGCACCAACCUCACCCUGACAGCUGGCUCCAAACACAGUAUCUCCUUCCUUUGUGAUGAUCUGACACGCCUGUGGAUCAACGCCGAGAAAACCAUAAGCUGCUUGGACCACCGGUACUGCCACAGGAUGCGCCACUCGCUCCAGCUGCCGCAGUCCAUCCUCCAGCUGCCGCUGCAGCUGCACGACUUCACCUGGAAGCUGCUGGUGCCCAAGGACAGGCUCAGCCUGGCGCUGGUGCCGGCCCAGAAGCUGCAGCAGCACACGCACGAGAGAGUCUGCAACACCAGCUUCAGCUACCUGGUGGCCAGCGCCGUGCCGGGUCAGGACCUUUACUUCGGCUCCUUCUGCUCCGGAGGGUCCAUCGAGCAGAUCCAGGUGAAGGAGAACAUCUCGGUGACCCUCCGCACCUUUGCCCCCAACUUCCAACAAGAGAGCUCUAAGCAGGACCUGACUGUGUCCUUUAUCCCCCACUUCAAAGAAGAAAGUGUCUUCACAGUGACCUCAGACACGAAAAACAAGGUCUACCUGCGGACCCCUAACUGGGACCGGGGCCUGCCGUCCCUCGCCUCGGUGUCCUGGAACAUCAGCGUUCCCCGCAACCAGGUGGCUUGCCUGACCUUCCUCAAAGAGCGAACGGGGGUGGUCUGCCAGACCGGGCGUGCAUUCAUGAUCAUCCAAGAGCAGCGGGCCCACGCCGAGGAGAUCUUCAGCCUGGAGGAGGAGGUGCUGCCCAAGCCAAGCUUCCACUAUCACAGCUUCUGGGUCAACAUCUCCAACUGCAGCCCCAUGAGCGGGAAGCAGCUAGAUCUGCUGUUCUGGGUCUCACUUUCCCCGAGGACCACAGACCUGACUGUCAUCGUCCUCGCGGUGGUGGGAGGUGGCGCCUUACUGCUGUUUGCCCUCGGAUUCAUCAUAUGCUUCGUGAAAAAGAAUAAGAAAAAGAAGAUCACCAAGGGCCCGGCUGUAGGCAUCUACAACGGGAACGUCAACACCCAGAUGCCGAUGCAGCCGAAGAAGUUUCAGAAACGGCGCAAGGACAACGACUCGCAUGUGUAUGCUGUCAUCGAUGACACCAUGGUAUAUGGGCAUCUGCUGCAGGAUGCCAGCGGGUCCUUCCUCCAGGCAGAGGUGGACACCUACCGGCCCUUCCAGGGGCCCAUGGGGGACUUCCCUCCCUCCCCACCCCCCACAAACUCCAGGGCCCCGACCGUCAAGCUGGCUACAGAUGAGCCGCCCCCUGGCUCCCCUCCUGAGUCUGACAGUGAACCGUACACCUUCUCCCACCCCAAAGACGGGAAGGUCAGCAACGGGAGCACAGACACUCCUUUGCUGGACCCCCACGAGCCCACGGAGCCCGGGGAAUAA